AGCAAUUGAAUCCUCGAAAAAUGUAAUUAUCUCACCAGAAAAUCUAAAUGCUUCAUAAAGCCUUUACUCUAUCUAUUUUGUUUAUGAUCCAUGUGGUGGAUCUAAACUGUUUUUAACUGAAAUCUCAGUCCAUGCUCGAUAUUAACCCACACAAUACACAGCGCGCCGACUCCCGGACCAAUUACACGACAGGAGUUUCUACACGGAACUAUUUAACCUGCUGCACAGUUCGGAUAAGCCGCAAGUGUCCUUGUGUUUUUAUUUAUUGUGUUUUUAUUUCUUCAUGCAUCUUCUUUAAAACUCCUGUGAGAAAAUGAACGAGUGGAGUCCUCUGGCGAAAGUUUACGACCCCCUCAAGGCUGGCAGCAUUGACAGCACUGACGUCGAGCCCCAUGACCGGGCCAUAUGGCGGGCGAUGAACGCCCAUUAUCAGCCCAAUAAAGGUGUAACAGGUGACCCUCAACUCACACUUUUUGUUGCACGACUCAACAAAAAAACAACCGAAGAAGACCUUCGCAUGGUUUUCUCCAAAUUCGGCGACAUCCGACAAGUGAGGCUCGUCCGGGACGCAGUUACCGGCUUCUCCAAGGGCUACGCCUUCAUAGAGUAUAAGGAGGAGCGUUCUCUAAUGAGAGCAUGGAGAGAUGGCAACAAGAUGGUCGUAGACCAGCACGAGCUCUUUGUGGACUUUGAACAGGAGCGCACACUGCAGGGCUGGAUACCACGCCGACUCGGUGGUGGCUUGGGAGGAAAGAAAGAGUCGGGACAGUUGAGGUUCGGCGGCAGGGACAGACCGUUCAGGAGACCCAUAAACCUACCCGCUGUGAUGCCCAGACCGGGUGACCGGUGGAGAGACGGAGAUGGAGGGCGAGAGGAGAGAGCGCGAGAUGAGAGAAGAGACAUGUCUCCCGGCAGGGACAGAGAGCACAGGAAACAACGGAACUGGAGGGACGACUGGGAACGAGGGAACGAGCGAGGUGGUAGAGAUCACCAUAAAGACAGGAGAGACUCCAGACGACACAGAGACAGGAGUAAUGACAGAGAAUCCAACCGAGGAAAGGAUGAACGCAGAUAUCGGGACUCUUACAAAGAUUCGGAUAAACGAUGAUGUUUGGACUUGACGAACGUUGCUUUCUCCGUUAACACACUCACAAGUCUGGUGAAGACUAGGAUAGACUCAUGAGAGGCAGGAGAACAUCUGGAGUAAAUUUCAGGGUUAGAAAAAGGCAAAACGGGUCCUUAGUUUAGUCUCAGGAGAAAGACUCCACUGUGUUUGUGAUCACAUGGUGAAAUAUAUUCAAUUAAAUGACCAAGUU